GUCGCAAUUGUAAACAGUUCACGACAAGCCGUAUUCCAAGUAGCGCAGCGAGUCCCCACGUGAAUGUGGAAAAAUUUCACGCCUGGGUGCUUCUUUUUGUGAAGUUUUAGCUCCGUUAAGUGCUGCGGCAGUAACACUGACCCUGUACGGAAGGCGGGACCGGCAGGAUGCUGUAUCUGAUCGGUCUGGGGCUCGGAGACGCCACAGACAUUACAGUGAAGGGUUUGCAGGCGGUGAAGAGCUGCUCCAGAGUUUACCUGGAGGCCUACACAUCCAUCCUCACCGUGGGCAAAGAGGCGCUGGAGGAGUACUAUGGGAAGCAGCUGAUCCUAGCAGACCGAGAUCUAGUUGAACAAGGAGCAGAUCAAAUCCUGGAGGAUGCAGAUGUCACUGAUGUGGCAUUUCUGGUGGUGGGCGACCCAUUUGGAGCCACCACACACAGUGACCUAGUGCUGAGAGCAGUGAAUGCUGGGAUACCAUACAAAGUCAUUCACAAUGCCUCCAUCAUGAAUGCAGUGGGCUGCUGUGGUUUGCAGCUGUAUAAUUUUGGAGAAACUGUGUCGGUAGUGUUUUGGACAGAGACGUGGAGACCAGAGAGCUUCUACGACAAAAUUUGUAAAAACAGAACAGCUGGACUGCACACACUCUGUUUGCUGGAUAUUAAAGUCAAAGAGCAGAGCAUCGAGAACAUGAUGAGAGGGAAGAAGAUCUACGAGCCUCCUCGCUUCAUGACAGUCAACCAGGCUGCAGAUCAGCUAAUACAGGUCAUCCACAGGAGGAGGGAGGAGGGCGAGGAGUUGGGCAUGACGGAGGACACUGUGUGCGUUGGUGUGGCCCGACUCGGCUCUGAUGACCAAAAGAUCCGUGUAGGAACAUUAAAUCAACUGGUGUCAUGUGACCUCGGUGCUCCACUCCAUUCGCUGGUCAUCACCGGUCGACUCCACCCGUUGGAGGUGGACAUGCUGCGAGUAAAUGCAGAACCAAACGCACUGGAAAACCUGCGCAUGAUUGACAGCUCAACCUACAGCUCUUGACACACUUGUGUUCACCUGCUUGUCUACAGCUACCAUUAGUGACACACUAUAUAAUCCCAGGCCCCAAAUGGUAAAUUAAACUGCACCCUGAGGCAGAACUUGACCCUUCCCAAUGAACUGUUAUUUUUAUUUUUUGUUUGGUGAUGUUUUAGACUGAAUUGGAAAUUUUUGGAAAGUUGAAGACAUGUCAUCACCGUGAACUUUUACUCAGUAGUACAGCUGCUGUCCACUUGUGAACUUCCCAUGCUCAUUUCUUUUUCAAUAUUCCAAGUUUCAUAGAUUUAACUUUUCUUAAUUGCCCUUCAUAAAAACAGCUAUACAAGGCUGAGUCAUUAGUCAGGA